AAGUGACGCGAGCGGGUACCGGAAGUGGACUGCGUUUCCCCCUCUCGGUGUGUCCAGGUUGAGCUUCCCACCCCCUCAAUCCCCGAGUUCAGUGGCGGUUCUCCGGGAGAGUCAAGAUGUCGAUUGAAAUCGAGUCGUCAGAUGUUAUACGUCUCAUCAUGCAGUACUUGAAGGAAAAUAGUUUACAUCGAGCCUUAGCCACUUUGCAGGAAGAGACAACUGUGUCACUGAAUACUGUGGACAGCAUAGAGAGUUUUGUAGCAGAUAUUAACAGUGGUCAUUGGGAUACUGUUUUGCAAGCUAUACAGUCCCUGAAAUUGCCAGACAAAACACUGAUUGACCUCUAUGAACAGGUUGUCCUGGAAUUAAUAGAACUUCGUGAAUUGGGUGCUGCCAGAUCUCUUCUGAGACAGACUGACCCCAUGAUCAUGUUAAAACAAACUCAGCCAGAGAGAUACAUUCAUCUUGAGAACCUCUUAGCCAGGUCCUAUUUUGAUCCUCGUGAGGCAUAUCCAGACGGAAGCAGCAAGGAGAAAAGAAGAGCAGCAAUUGCACAGGCUUUAGCUGGAGAAGUCAGUGUUGUACCUCCAUCUCGUCUCAUGGCACUGUUGGGACAGGCUUUGAAGUGGCAACAGCACCAAGGUUUGCUUCCUCCUGGUAUGACUAUUGAUUUGUUCAGAGGUAAAGCAGCUGUAAAAGAUGUGGAAGAAGAGAAGUUUCCUACACAGUUAAGCAGACACAUUAAGUUUGGCCAGAAAUCACAUGUGGAAUGUGCUCGAUUUUCUCCAGAUGGCCAGUAUCUGGUAACUGGCUCUGUUGAUGGAUUUAUUGAAGUAUGGAACUUUACAACUGGAAAAAUUAGGAAGGAUCUCAAGUACCAGGCACAAGACAAUUUUAUGAUGAUGGAUGAUGCCGUGUUAUGUAUGUGUUUCAGCAGAGAUACAGAAAUGUUAGCAACUGGGGCCCAAGAUGGGAAAAUAAAGGUGUGGAAGAUACAGAGUGGACAGUGUUUACGGAGAUUUGAAAGGGCACACAGUAAAGGUGUCACCUGCCUAAGCUUCUCUAAGGACAGCAGUCAGAUCCUUAGUGCAUCUUUUGAUCAGACAAUCAGAAUUCACGGCUUAAAAUCUGGGAAAACCUUGAAGGAAUUCCGUGGUCAUUCUUCAUUUGUUAAUGAAGCUACUUUUACUCAAGAUGGACAUUAUAUAAUCAGUGCAUCAUCUGAUGGCACUGUGAAGAUUUGGAAUAUGAAGACCACAGAAUGUUCCAAUACUUUCAAAUCUCUUGGCAGCACUGCAGGGACAGACAUCACAGUCAACAGUGUUGUCCUCCUUCCUAAAAACCCUGAGCACUUUGUUGUAUGUAACAGAUCAAAUACAGUGGUCAUCAUGAACAUGCAAGGCCAGAUUGUCAGGAGUUUCAGCUCUGGUAAGAGAGAAGGUGGUGACUUUGUCUGCUGUGCCCUCUCCCCACGGGGUGAAUGGAUCUACUGUGUGGGUGAAGACUUUGUGCUCUACUGUUUCAGCACGGUGACUGGCAAAUUGGAACGAACUUUGACAGUUCAUGAAAAGGAUGUAAUUGGCAUUGCUCACCAUCCCCAUCAGAAUCUGAUUGCUACCUACAGUGAAGAUGGGCUCUUAAAGCUCUGGAAACCCUAAUUUCAUGACUUCAUUUCUACUAGCCUGGGCAUAUGCUACUUCAGUGCAGACAUUUAUGUGUUACUUUUUUGUUGUUUUUAUUUUUUAAGGGGGAAAAUUGCCUAAAUGUGCUCUGAGAGUAAUUUUUGCUAAAUUUCUCAUUUAAGUAGAAGUUACCCUUUUUGUAUAUUUUUUAAAAUAUUAGCUGAUGAGCUUCUAAAGAAGCAGGUACUUAGUGGAUAGUGUGUUUUCAGUAAUCCUGUAACUGAACAGUGAAACAAUGUCAUUUCUAUAACAGGUUCCACUCCUUUUGAUUAUUUGUAAUGCUAGUUAAUAUGUACUUUCCAAAGUGAAACUUGUAAAUAAUGAGUGAGCUCCAGUUUUCCAUCACUGUUAAUUAACCAUUUUUAGUUUCAUUUUGUUUCUUUGAAAUGCUUUGAUAGAAUAAAUUUUACCACCUGCAUAGGGACACUUUUAAUGUGAACAUUUCCCAGAAAAUGAUUUUACUGAUUGUUCUGAUAAAUGCAUCCUUUAGACUUAGAGAAGUAUCUGUAGGUUUCUGUGAUGUUUCCAGUGGCAUCAGAGAAUAAUUGCUGACCUUUCUUAAGACAUUAAAGUUUGCAAAAUGUCUUA